UCUAACUCUUAAACAAUGAAUGAGGAUAACGAAAAGGCAGUUUUGGUCGGUUCAAAACUCAGGACAGUUCACCUACACUUACAAAUUUCUGUUCCUCAUGUCUAAAAUUUCUUCUUUUUCUUCUUCCUCUAAAUUUUCAAACCCUGCAGUUUGCUUAUCUUCUUCAAAACUCUCACCUACUCCAAAGUUUUCUUCUUUUUCCACUUUAAGCCCUCCUCUUUUCUCCAAAACCCCUCUAUGUUUUCACCCAAUUUCUCACCCUCCAAGAAAAGCUCUGACUUUGGUUUUGUCUAAGCCGUUUGAAGCAGAGGAAGAGCUGUCCUCUACAGAAGAUGAGUGGCUCAAGAGACUCCCAGAUAAGUCCAAGCCUUUGUACUCUCACAGCUUGCCUUGCAUUGAAGCUUGGCUUAGAAAUUUGGGAUUUUAUCAGAGUAAAGAUGACCGGGCUGUCUGGUUGAUUGAAAAAACUGAUUGGCAUGCUCAGUUGUCGCUUGAUGUCACUGAUCUCUGCAUAAGGUAUUUGAAGAUUGGACCUGGGAAUCUGGAAAAAGAUGUGGAGAGAAGAUUCAGCUAUGCAUUGAGUAGAGAAGAUAUUGAGAAUGCCAUACUUGGAGGACCAUAGGCAAGGCAAUCCAGCAUCUGCUAGGUCUAUUUUAGCAAUAUUUGUAAAGAUAACUUCCCAAAAGGAUUUCCAGAAGCGGAAAGAAAUUCAAUUACAAAUGCUGUGUUCGGUGAUAUAAUCAAUGAAAUAUUUGUUAAGCUGCA